AUGAUUCUUAAACAAUGCAGUUCCAAAGAAGGUUUCGAUUCAUCCAGUGAAGAUGAAUACCUUGAUUAAUUCAAAACUAAAUUCAGAACCUUAGAUUAUUAUGAAGGACUUAAUAAAGAGGAGGAAAAAAAACAAUACAAUUCCUAAGCUGUCUAAUAAUAAUAUCGAAACCUCACUCUAAAUGUUCCUGAGUUGAAAUAUAACAAUUCAACUAUAUUCUUAGGAUAACCAUUUUAUAAUACACAAUAAAUACACAGAUUAAUUGAAAACAAAGAAUAUUCAAAUGAUUUUGAAUUUUAGCCUUAAAUAUUGAGACCUUUUCUUGGUAUGUUGAAAUAAGGCAUAUAAUUCAAUUCCAGCUUUGAAUCUGGUAAUUUAGAUCGAGUUGACUAGAUUUCAAAUGAAGAAUAUAAUUUAUUCAUGAGAAUUGACACAAAUUCUAUCGGUCAUAGUAACUGGUUUUAUUUCAAAACUACAAAUAACCAAUUGAACAAAAUUAAAUUCAAUAUCUGCAAUUUUACUAAACCAUAAAGUCUAUAUACAAAAGGAAUGAAACCCUAUAUAUUAUCAAAAAAAGGGUCUUAAAAGUAUUUUACACAAUAAGGAGAAUUUAUUAGAUAUCAAUAAGUUGGAGAACUUUAUGUUUUAUCCUUCAUUUAUUAAUAUGAGUAUGUGGAUGAUGAAGUUGAAUUUGCCACUCUUCCGCCAUAUACAUACACAGAAUUAAGAAGAAAGAUUAAAAAAUGGCAUAAGAAAUCUAAAUAAUAUCUAACUAAACAUAAAUUAACAACUACAUUAACUGGCCUUGUUUUGCCUCUUCUUGUUAUAACUGAAAAAAACUCAAAUAAAAAUAAAAAAAUCAUCAUCAUAACUGCAAGAAUUCAUCCUUCAGAAACUUGUAGUUCUUUUAUGAUGCAAGGAGUGAUAUAAUUCUUGUUAAGUGAAUCCUUCAUGGCAUCAUAUUUAAGAAAAAAGUAAACUUUUUUAAUUAUACUAAAGUAUCGUUUUAAAAUUAUUCCUAUGUUAAAUCCAGAUGGGGUGAUUGUAGGUAAUUUUAGAAAUGGAUUAAGUGGAGUUGAUCUCAAUAGGUAAUUCUUGGAAACUGAUUUAACUUUAUUACCAGAAGUUAAAGCUUUAAAGAAUUUAAUUGAAGACAAUUCUCCCUAAUUAAUAGCCUAUUUAGACUUUCAUGGACAUUUAGUAAGAAAAAAUAUAUUUCUGUAUGGACCAUCAUCAAAUAGUAUAAAUUAUGAUUCUAAAAUAUUUCCACUGAUUCUUCAACAAAGGUUAGAAUCUUUUCGAUAUAAAUCUUGUGAAUUUGGAAUCCCAAAAUUUAAGAUGGGAACAGCAAGAGCAUUUGCAAAUUGCUUUAUAGAUACUUUAUGUUAUACUAUAGAAGCAUCAUUUUGUGGAUAUUAAAAGGGAAAAUCCUUAAAAUUUAUUUCAAAAGAUUGGAUUUAAGCUGGAUAAUGUAUUGGAGAAACCUUAUUUUUAUAUUUUAAUUUUAAAUAAAUCAAUUCAAAAUAAUUAAAAUAAAACUAACUGAUGAAAACAAUAAAUGAAAUGUCUAGCAAAGUUGAGUAAACUGAAGCAAAACAUGAAUCAGACGAUGAGAAUGACAGUCAAUCGGAUGCAGAAAUAUUUGAGGAUUAUGAUAACGAUAAGCUAGCAUGCUUAUAAAGUUAAAUGAAGGCCGAAUUAAGCCAAUAAAAUUUGGUUGUAAUUAAUAAAGGAGAUUCUCAAAGAAAACGUAUGAAAGCUUAAACAGUAUCCAGAAAAAUCAAGAUAUAACCUAUUUUUAUAAUGAAUAAAAAUCAAAGAAAACCUAUAGCAUAUCCAGAGUUGAAUAUUUAAAAUUGGGAGUUCUCUAAUAAAACAAAUCAAUCUAUAGAUACUAAAACUAGCUUCUAACAAAAGGGAAUUAAAAACAAAAUACCUUCGACUUUUAGAUUUGUAUCAAGCAAAAGGGCCACAUCUCUUCAUGGAACAUCACCCAUCAAUUAAUUUCCACAGGAAAUAAAUACAACUCAAUAAAUAUAGCCAACUCCCCCAGUGUAAAUUCCAUCAAAACUGAAUUCCAAUAACUUUCCUAUCUUAGAAAAUACUAGUUAAAUGUCAACACCUUAAUAUUUGCCUUUCAUUACAAAACUUUUGAAGAGCAAAAGAAUAGUCACAUAGAGUUGA